UUGUUUGUUCAACCAAACUAAAGAUAAGCUUUGUAAACCCUAGCAAAAAAUGAAGUCUACGACCUUGUUCUCUCUCUUUCUACUUUGUGGCUUCACCUCAUACCUUCCUUCAGGCACCGCUUAUCUGGUGGACACUGAUGGUAAUCUUAUUGAAAAUGGUGGCUCAUACUUUAUAACAACUGGAAAUGGUGGUGGAGUAGAAUUUGCUGCAACCGGAAACGAAACUUGCCCUUUGAGUGUUGUCCAAAAUAUCAGUCCUUUCUCUUCCGGCCUACCGGUAAAACUUUCAACCCUAAGAUUUAUCCCUUAUAUAGCAGAAGGCCUUAAUUUGGACAUUGGGUUCCCUUUUAUAUCCCCGUGUGCUCCCACUCCUUCUUGGUGGGAAGUUGUGAAGGGUGUGAAAGGGGGGCUCUCUGUUAAACUUUCUGGCUACGACAACACAGUACCUGGUGGGUUUAGAAUUAGAAGCGUUCGGAAUGACAUUGUUCGGGGCUACAACCUCUUGUUCUGUCCUGAGGAUACUUCUUGUGGCUAUGUUGGAGUUGAUCUUGAUUCUAAAAAAAACAGGAGUUUGGUGGUGACUCAAGAUAAGAAGGCUGCCAUGUCGAUUCAGUUUCAGAGAGUUAACUUAUCACCUGCAACUGCAACUGUGUGAACUACUAAUGCCCCUAAAAACUCAUGUGUAUAGUUUCUCGUAGUGAGAGACAAGAAUAAAGGAACCACUUUGUUUAAUAAUUGCAUGACUAAAUAAAAUAAUUGAAGUUGCAGUUAUUCUA